AUGCCAGUCACCUCCGAAGAGUUGUUCCUAAUAAACGUCAGGACGUACCAACCUCCUAAUAUCCUGUGUCCUCUGCAUUCGAUUUGGCACAAAGUUCCCGUUGCAAGGAGAUCAGCUGUCUUUGUAUUGCUCUUUUUGGGUAAUAUGGGGGAAUUAAGAGUCAUCUUGACGAAAAGAUCUUCUAAAUUAAGGAGUUUUCCGGGCCAUAUAUCAUUGCCAGGUGGAAAGGCUGAUAGUGGGCUUGAAACUGAAUGGCAGGUGGCUAGAAGAGAAAUGGAGGAGGAAAUCGGGUUAGAGGCUAACAAUGAAAAGCUCAUGAAACAUUAUGGGUUCAAGAUCGAUCAUUUGAAUUUACUUCCAUGUUACUUAUCUAGAACAUUCCUGGCUGUCAAGCCGUGUAUAGGGUUUAUGAACUUAUCGAGUGAACACGAACAGGAACUUUUUGGAAAUUUAAAAUUGAACUUGAAUCCGGAUGAAAGCUCGAGCAUAUUCUCGUGUCCUUUGAAAGACUUUUUGUAUCCUUCGACAAAAUCACCAUCUAGGGAAUGUAUUAAGAGACAGUUUUUCAAGAUCGAAUGGGGUGGCAUACCAUGGAAUUUACGCUCCUAUACGUUUGCUCAUGAAAACGAGCAUGAGAUCCAUUGGUUGCGUGAAGUUAGUGAUACAUCCAUGUCAUCAGAAGAGGAACCUGAAGACAAUCCGUCCAUGAAGGAGAAGGCAAAAUCUAUGCCCAAGAGAGAUUUAUCUACAUGGGGACGUCUUGGUACGAGACGUGAUUCAGACACGGACCAAAAGAUUAAUGAUGUGUGGGGACUAACAGCAAACAUUCUUCAUGAUUUAGCACAGAUUAUAUACUGUCAGCCUACUGUCUAUAAGAAUAAAACUUUUGGAGAAGAAGAACUAAUUAACAGUGUUUUUACCCAAGGUAAUCUUAUGCAAGAAAAGGAAAGAUCUGAAGAAGAGGUGAAAUUGAUUCAUUCCAAGACUAUCAAUGAAGAAUUUGGAUUUAAUAGUAUAUUGCCAAAGGAUGAAUUCCUUAGAUUGAAGGAAAUAUAUAGGCAUUAG